UCCCCUUGUUUCCGGUGCCCCCGCGGGGUCUUGGGUCCUUUCGUGCCGCUCUCCGAGCUGCUAGGGUUUCGCAUCGCCGCCGUUGGCAUGGCCGACUGGCCUCUCCCAUCCAACGGGGUGCGGGCGGACGCUGUGGAAGAAGGUCACCUAGGGCCUCGCCGCCCAGUGGAUGCCGCCGGAAAGCGGGCCCCCCAGGGCCCCAAAUGGACCAGAGAACCACAGCUCGGGGACCUCGUCCUCGCCAAGGUCAAGGGUUAUCCUUUCUGGCCAGCCAAGGUGAGCAGGCCGGAGGAUUGGAAUCAGGAGCCUGCUCCACGCAAGUUCUUUGUCGUCUUUCUCGGCACCAAAGAGAUUGCUUUUGUAGGUUUGCAAGAUCUCUUGCCAUUUACAGAAAAGGUGAAGCAAGACUUGGUAAAUAAAGCUCGAGAGAAGCGAUUCCCGGAAAGACAUGUGAAAGGUCUUGAAGUAACCUUAGUGGAGGUACUCAAGGCCUAUGAUGAACUCCCCAAAUCAUCUGAAACUGCCAAUGGUUUGCUGCCUGAUCCAACUCCUGAUCAGAUUGCAAAACCUACAGAGCCCCUUGCAAAGCGACAUGCUGAUAGUGGGACUCCAAAACUGGAACAAAUUGAUGAUUUCCAUGGGAGGUACCCGAGCCUCAAAAGAAAAGACAGAGAUGUCCCAAAAUCAUCUGAAACUGCCAAUGGUUUGUUGCAUUAUCGAACUCCUGAUCCAAUUGAAAAACCUGUAGAGCCCCUUGUAAAGCAACCUGUUGAUGGUGGCACUCCAAAACUGGGACAAACUGAUGAUUCCCAUGGGAGGUACCUGAGCCUCAAAAGAGAACAGAGAGUUCUGUUUGCUGGCAUUGAGGAGAGGAACUUGGAGGAUCCCUAUGGCAUACCAAAAUGCAUUGCUGUGCUUGAAGGAUUGCCGGAUUUACAAAUGGAAGAUACGCUGAAAGCAGCUGACCUCUUCACCGACAGCAAGGGCAAUCGAGAAGUAUUCCUCUCUUUUUCAAGUAAUGCAUUACGGCUUGGCUGGGUAAGAAGAAAAAUUCAGAACACCUAGUGAAAUGGCUAUGGAAAUAUGCCUCUUGGACAAGACUUUUGUGUCAAUGAGAAGAGUAGCUUGUGUUUGCUGUUCUAGACACUUGUAGCAAAUUAUCAUCUAGUGCUAAGGUGUUCUGCUAACUUUUUUGUGGAUGUGCCCCUCGGCAGAUGUGCUAGUACUAAUGCAAUGUUAAGUGGCACUUGAUCA